AUGGCACCAAAGUACAUCAUUUCAGCAUUGAAAGAUAAAGACCCUGAAAACCUCACUACUAUUACCCAGGUAUAUAGAGCUAGAGCAACAUACAGAUUGAGCAAGAGAGAGAUUGUUGGUGUUACAUCAACAAAGUUGACAUUUUCAGUUGUGUUUGCUUACUUGGAACAUGAAAGGGAAGAGAACUUCACAUGGGCGCUGGAGAAGCUGAAAGAGUUGUUUACGUGGGACAAAUUUCUUCCUGAUGUUGUGAACGUGAGCAUGAAGUGCAAUGACUAUGUGAAAUCAGAAAGACAGGAACAUGUCAUGGAUCAAUGGAACAACAUCAUGUAUUCAAACAUAGAAGAUGAAUAUGAUGUACACUUAAAGCACUUCGAAAGUGUUUGUGGUGAUAUUCCGGCAUUUGUGAAGUAUGUUAAUGAAACAUGGCUAGUACCAUAUAAGGAAAGAUUUGUUGCUGCAUGGACUAAUAAAGUCACCCACUUAGGGAACACAGCGACUAACAGAUAUAGUGUCGUUUUUGUUUCCCUUUCCAUGAAAUUGAAUAACACAUUUUUCCCACUUCUCAUUGCUCCACCCAUGUACACAAGUCGACAUACGAUUAUUGCUAUUGUUUUUGUGAACAAUAAUCAUUGGGUACAAAUCAAGUUGAAACCCGAUUGCCCAUUGCCUCCCGUCACUCCUCGUUGGAGACAAAAUUGUAGUGAUGAUGCAAAAGCAUGGGAAUCGGCUUAUGCGGGUCGUUUCAAAUAUUGGGAGGAAUUGUGUCAUUCCUGA